ACCACGGGUAGUCUUUUGUUAUCACCGUGCUUUCUAUAAUCACGAACUGUAUUUUAUAUGUCACCGAGGUGGCUGUUGAUUAAAAUUGGAACUCUCACGAUACGCUAGCAUUUCAGAAAACAGUGCGUUUCUCGUAAAAGAAUGUUGAUAAAAGUUAGUACCUUUUACUUAGAGCCUGCAGUAGAGGUUAGACUCCGCCGCCAUCACAACAUCCUGCAGCACUGCGUUCAGCACGUAAGGACCGUAAGACUCGUCUAUCUGGGCAAAAAUUCUCCUCAUCCAUGCAAUUUUGUCAUCUGGAUGUAGUGUGGAAUAUCAGCGUCAACAGAACGGGUGUUGAAGCUGGCUAGAUGACAUCGGCCACAGACUGGUAGUUGUUUGGAUAUUCUAUGUAUCUGGCCAAAGCGUUGAUGUAACAUGGUGAAGAAGACGUUCCAGGCUUACUUACCGGACUGUCAUCGAACGUACAGCUGCAUCCACUGUCGGGCGCACCUGGCCAAUCACGAUGAGUUGAUUUCAAAGUCCUUUCAGGGAAGUCAGGGACGUGCGUAUCUCUUCAACUCAGUUGUAAAUGUGGGGUGUGGGCCAGCUGAGGAGCGGGUACUACUUACUGGACUACAUGCCGUAGCUGAUAUUUAUUGUGAAUGCUGCAAAACUACUCUGGGAUGGAAAUAUGAGCAUGCCUUUGAAAGUAGCCAGAAGUACAAGGAAGGGAAAUUCAUCAUUGAGCUGGCUCACAUGAUCAAAGACAACGGCUGGAGUUGAGGGACAGGAGCACCUGGCUGCCACGGGUCGCGCCGCACGCCAAGCUUUUAGACGCUGGAACGAAGUGGACUGUAGAUUUUUCAAACCUAAUCUUCCAGCUUGUACAUAUGCUGUAGGAUAUUUGAUGGCACUUCAAUGCGUGUUCUACGUAUGGUGGGAGCAAGAAGAGAACAACUCUUCAUGUAGGACCUCUGCCUCUGCCGUACCAAAUACAUCUUGGCAAACUAGCAGAUAGCAAGGACAAAGGACUUUUGGGCCAUAUAAUGAGAUAUUUAUAUAAUGAUAUAUAUAUAUAAUUACCAUAAUUAUAAUACAACAAAUUUAUGUUCAGAAAGCUUAUAUACAUAAGACAAUGGUACUAACUGUGCUGUAUUGUACCAAAUGUAGUGUUGAAUUUGUAUGAGGACCAGACAACUUCUUUUGCCCCGUGUCAUUUUGUUGAACUAGACUCAGUCUGGCAUCUGGUUAGCUAUAUUCAGUGGUAGGGAAUCCUGUAAUAACUGCUACCGGUGUGAUGUCAGGACAUGCGGUACUGUUAUUAGUAGUAAUGCUAGAUACUGUAUUGGCUAUCUCUGCUGUAUUGUGAAUAGUUUCAUCAGGUUCGUAAAUGACUGGAGAGCAAAGUUAUUCAUUCACAACCACAUGUUUUUAGGAGCUAAUGUUUUGAUGAGGUACCAGUAAUAUGGUUCCAAAUAUAAAUUACUGUCACAUACAGUAUAUAGAUAUUGUUAAACUUAAAUAGUAAAGACAAUUGUCAAUUGCUUCUUGAGAAUGCAGUCCAAAACAAGACAAAGUCAGAACCAUAUUAUUUCAUUGUUGCUUUACACUAGGUGUGUAUGUGAAUAUACUUCAUGUUUUGGGCUGCAUUGUUGGCAGCAAGGAGGUUAAAAAAAGACAGCAGUGACACCUUGCUUCAUUGCAAAGUGAACCCAUCAUUUUUUGCCCUGCAAAAGAUGACAGAUGGUCAUCGAAAGGUCAGGUCUUGAAAAACGUAGUUGUGAAUAAGUAACUUUGCUAUCCUACAUUGAAGUACAUGUUAGGAUGAGAAGAACAACAAAAGACUCUACCAAUACCACAGCCUUGCUUGAAAGAGACUGGUGUGGUGUAAAUGUACUGAGGGACCACGGCAACUUCUGUAGUGGCCCACUACAAGAAUCUGCUAGCUUACACAAUAGAAUUACCCCCCAGAUUUCCAUGGAGUGGAGCCCACCUUUUGUUGGGUCAUGAUUGACUUGUGCAAGGACGUUAUAACGUCCUUGACUUGUGCAAAAUCAUGGAUGACUUUGGUGCCACAACGGAUGUUUCACAGCAGCUGGAUUGAGUCUAGAGUCUGAGAGUCUGAGUAAAAAUUUCCACUGAUGUUCCUUCUAUUUUGGGUUGAAAUAUCAAAGCAGUUCUUUUCCCUGUCCUAUACAGUCAAAGCUGUUUCUUUGGAAUAAGGGUUUUUCUAGAAUUGUCAUUUUUUUGGCAUUUAAAAGAAGUUGCAAUCUGAUACAAUAGCAAAACCUGAAUGUAUGGCUUUGUUGCCAUCUCUUUUUUCACUUUAUUUUUGUUUGAAUUGUAUUGGUUUUUAUUCUAGCCUGCUGUGCAUGCUUGUCAACUUGUAGUGUGUCUAGAGAAUCCAUACUUUUUUUGUAAUGUAAAUUGAAUAUUGGCAGGUACUUUAGACUUAGAGCCUAAACACCAGAGUACAAAUUUCCUGUCACAUGGCGGUUAAAUUGCUAUGAUUGUCUUCUGAGCAGGUAUUCUCAGGUGAACAAUACUCUGUACUCAUUUGGUGUAAACCAUAAUUAUAUAAUACAGGCAUACAUAUGCAUACGCUUUUUAACUGAUGUACUUACGACUUUUACUUCAAAAUUUAAUGAAUCAUGACAUACUAACCAUAUUCUAUGAUAUUCUACAGACUCUGAGCUACAAAUCUGACUAUUAACAUGACUGUAUAUCUCUGAACACCAUAUCCCAAGUACACUGUGAUAAUUAUGAAAGACGUUUCCAUCCCCCUUCCAUCCUACUGUCAGGUUGGAAGAAACUUUCGGGUCAGUAGAACAGCUCUGUGCUACCUGGUAGCACGAGUUGCCAAUUUGCUCCAUCUAUCCUGAUGUGAUGUGAAUUUGUAGAUCAGGUUACGUGAUAUUGUGAAGUGGUGAGAACACUAACUGAUGUAAGUGGGGGAACACUGUUGAACACAAAAUUGGGGUUACCCAAAUUUUUGAAGAAUUCUAGACUUUGUCACCAAGCCACUUGUUCUGUCUGCAUAACAUGGCAUCGCAGCAGCAGUGGAUGUGACAAGGACUGGAGUGGGGACACUUUAUUUUUGUGUUGAUGAUAACAAAUCAACUUUGAUCCAGAAACAAUAAUAUAGACAAUUCAUAAAACACCAACUAUCAAAAUUUCCAUAAUUUGUACAUUCAGUGUAACAUUUAUGAAAGAAAAAAGGACACAGGAACUUGAAUGUUUGUUGUUAGAAGAGGCUGUAUGCAUGUAUUACUGUUAAAAAAUCUGAAAGUUCAGUUGCUUGAGAUGGCAUCAAACUGGUACUGAAGCAUGCUGGAAGUGGACAUGCCUGAUUCUCCGUCCAAAACUCUGAUGUUUUCUGAAGAAUCUGUAUUGAUAUCUUGAAUGCAUAGAAUGAACUGGUUUCGUUGCAGCACGAAGACAUAAUCAGAAAUGCUAUUGGUGUAAUUUGAGGACCUCGCAAUGUGUUUCCAGCUGUGUACAUGUACAUAUACAUAUAGUGCAAACUGUGCCAACUUCAGACAAUACUACAGUCUCAAGUUGCAUAUUAAAAACUUGUUAUUAGUACCUCACAUCCAAAUAUUCAAUGUUAUUGCUAUCUAGCAUCUGCACUUCUGUACAUAAAUGUUGACUUCCCAGUGUUUGAUAGUCUGCAACUGUCACUAAGUGGAGAGAACUGCUAUGCUGGUGAAAGAGUGUGAUAUCCCAUGUUAUUUACCAAAAACGUGACAAUCAAAAUGAUCAAAAGUAUCAUAUAUAUGACAUAUCUGUCCAUGCAGGCUUACCUGUUGACUAAAUCAGUAAUAAUUGUGUCCAAAAAAGCCCCCUUUGCAUACUUCUAUGGGCGCUGGUAUCUAUUUUCUUGGGGAAGUGCUAAUUUGUGAUCCUAAACAUGGGCCAGGAAAUCGUUUUCAGCUAUAGGCCUGUUUUCUGUCAACGUCUUGAAAGAGCAAAAACUUUAAGGAAUCAAAAUAUUGAAUAUCACAAGUUAUCGCUCCCCAAAAAAAUGUGUGUCCAGCGCUCCUAGAAGUCGUCAAGGUACAGGCAUGAUGCCAUUUGGUGGACUAGACCAGCAGUGCUGGUAUAGGACCUUUGUGACAGUAGAAACUUAGCAACCUUGCAUGUCAGCACAAGUACUAGUGUUCGUGCCAUCCCAAACUGUCUACACAAUUGAAAAAUGAAUAUUUGAGGACUGUUCACCCCGAUUCCAACACUUCUCAUAACAGAUGCGAGUUUUGUAUAAUGGUAGUUUACGUGUUGCAAUGUGUGAUGCAAUAUGUACAUGUAUGAAAUAAUAGCUUGUUAUGAAGUAGGUUUUGGGUAUAAAUGUAAAUAAUAAAUGUGUCCUCUACAGAA